CCAGCGACUGUCACAAAAGAUUUCUGCUCAAGUUAUUGUGCCUGUCACAUGUGUUCGAUCAAUGGAUCAUAUAAACAUCCGAAAAACGAAACCUUCAAUCGUUAUUCCCUAUAUUCAUCCCAAUCGUGAGCACUUAGAUGAAAGGGCAAUUUAUGGCUUCAUUAUAUAUCUUGUAUGUUUUCCUGCAUUUGUAUUGUAUGUAAUUUGGGCAUAUAUUCCACAUGAAUGGUUGAAUUUAAUUGGAAUAACAUACCUACCCAACAAACACUGGUCAGUUACUGCACCAAUUUCACUACUGAUUAUAUGUAUAUCUGGUCUUUUUGCUUAUAUUUGGAAUAAUCGUUCACUCAUGCAACCGCUUACAUCGAUUUAUCAAAUUAGAGAUUCACCUUCAAUGCAUGCUCAAAAUCCAACUGAUAGUUAUGUCACAGAUCAACAGUCUAAUUCAAACGUAUCAAAACCAGUGAAAUUAUUGAGACCAUUAUCGAUAGUCCCCCCUGUGUAUGAUUUGGAUCAUAUUUGGGUGACAAGCGAGUUGUAUUUAAAGACAAAUAAAGUUACCACCUCAAGCAUUAUUGACCAUGAUAAUAUGAAGCGUUAACAAAACAGAAAGGAUAAGAUCUUGUUUUUGUAAAUUAUUAGGUGCUGAUUGUUGUAAAUAUUUUGAAUCUUCAUUAUUGACGUUCCCUGCAAAUCAUAUCCGUAUAAAGUUUUCCGACAAUGUAAAUAUACCUUCUUUUUUAAGGCCAAGGACGUCACGUUCUUUUUGAUUCUGUUUUUCAGCUGAUGGUCAGUUUUUUAACAGUUAAACUUCAACAAAUUAAUUGUCAUCACUGAUUUUCAUGCUAAACAACAUACUUAGGAAACUUAUAUAAAUAUUCGUGAAUAUUAGAACGGAUAUUUUGACAAAAAUUGGGCGCUCAGUAUAGAGAAGUCAUUAUAUAUGGAAAUUAUAUUUGAAAUAAUCUCAGCGAUUGAGAUUUAAAUAAUUUCAACGUUUCGUCCAGCUAACUUGUCUGGACUUCUUCAG